GCAGUCCCUCGGCCGCUAGUCGGAGCGAGCACCCGGGAGGAGACCCCCGCCGGGCCACCGACACUCGCUGCUCCUGCGGCUCCCUCCCACGAUCGCAGCCCAGCCGCUCGGAAAGGCAGCCCGCAGUCUGGGCUGCGCAACGUGGGAGGGCUUCCCGAUCUCCGGGGACAGAUUCCGAACUUGCAGGGGACCGCGGCAGACCCGGCCUGGAGAGUGUGAACAGGAUUGUGGAGUCUUCCAAGAUUUAUAAUGAUAUGGUGAACCCAAAGGCCGGAACCAAAAAGAUUUGUUCAGUGUUUUAGUAUUAACAAAAGUAAAUCGUCUACCAACACCCAUCAUGGCUAAAAGUGCAGAGGUCAAGCUGGCAAUAUUUGGGAGCGCAGGCGUGGGCAAGUCAGCUCUUGUAGUGAGAUUUCUGACCAAACGGUUCAUCUGGGAAUAUGAUCCCACCCUCGAAUCAACCUAUCGACACCAAGCAACCAUCGACGAUGAAGCUGUUUCCAUGGAGAUACUAGAUACUGCUGGUCAGGAAGACACCAUUCAGAGGGAAGGCCACAUGCGGUGGGGGGAAGGUUUUGUGCUGGUCUAUGACAUUACCGACAGAGGGAGUUUCGAGGAAGUGCUUCCACUUAAAAACGUCCUAGAUGAGAUCAAAAAGCCGAAAAAUGUGACUCUAAUCUUGGUUGGAAACAAAGCUGACUUGGACCACUCCAGGCAGGUUAGUACGGAGGAAGGGGAGAAGCUGGCCACAGAAUUGGCUUGUGCCUUCUACGAAUGUUCUGCCUGCACAGGAGAAGGGAACAUCACAGAGAUAUUCUACGAGUUGUGUCGAGAGGUGCGGCGGAGGCGGAUGGUGCAGGGCAAGACCAGGCGACGCAGCUCCACCACCCACGUCAAGCAAGCCAUUAACAAGAUGCUCACCAAGAUCAGUAGUUAGGCAGCUUGGUUUCUGCGCAGGCCCCUCUCAGAUGGGCCAGGAAAUUGGAAACACUUCCUUGCCCUUUUUUUUCUCUCUCUCUCUCUGUCAAAAAUAAAAUAAAAUAUU